AUGGAUCAGCCAAGUGGAAGAAGUUUCAUGCAAGUUUUAUGUGAAAAAUACAGUCCUGAGAAUUUUCCCUAUCGCCGUGGUCCUGGAAUGGGAGUUCAUGUUCCAGCCACACCUCAGGGUUCUCCAAUGAAAGAUCGACUCAACCUCCCAAGCGUACUGGUGUUGAACAGCUGUGGAAUUACCUGUGCAGGAGAUGAAAAUGAAAUUGCUGCCUUCUGUGCCCAUGUGUCUGAAUUAGAUCUUUCUGACAAUAAACUUGAAGACUGGCAUGAGGUCAGUAAAAUUGUGUCAAAUGUUCCCCACUUGGAGUUUCUAAACCUGAGUUCCAAUCCUUUGAAUUUGUCAGUUUUAGAGAGAACGUGUGCCGGGUCCUUCUCUGGGGUUAGAAAACUCGUCCUCAACAAUAGCAAAGCUUCUUGGGAAACAGUCCAUAUGCUACUACAGGAGUUACCAGAGUUGGAGGAGCUCUUCCUGUGCCUUAAUGACUAUGAAACAGUGUCUUGUUCUUCUAUUUGCUGUCAAUCUCUUAAGCUACUCCAUAUCACAGAUAAUAACCUUCAGGACUGGACUGAAAUUCGAAAGUUAGGAGUUAUGUUUCCUUCGCUGGAUACCCUCAUCCUGGCUAACAAUCACCUGAAUGCCAUCGAGGAGCCUGAUGAUUCCUUGGCAAGGUUGUUUCCCAAUCUUCGUUCCAUCAGCCUUCACAAGUCAGGUCUGCAUUCCUGGGAAGACAUUGACAAACUAAAUUCGUUCCCCAAACUUGAAGAAGUAAGAUUGCUAGGGAUACCUCUUCUGCAGCCUUACACCACUGAAGAGCGGAGGAAGUUGGUAAUAGCCAGAUUGCCAUCAGUUUCCAAACUUAAUGGCAGUGUUGUUACUGAUGGAGAGCGAGAAGACUCUGAGAGAUUUUUCAUUCGUUAUUAUGUGGAUGUCCCCCAAGAGGAAGUACCAUUCAGGAUGAAUUAUUCAUCAUUACUUAGAAUUUGGGUCUCUUUCAUCUUCACACUUGUACGGCACCAAGUGCAACCCAGGGAGCUCAUGUAUCCGUUUUGGCAGAAUGACACCAAGACCCCCAAAGUAGAUGACGGAAGCUCAUCAGAGAUUAAGUUGGCCAUCCCAGUUUUCUUCUUUGGAGUUCCUUAUCGAACUGUCUAUGUCAAUAAUAAUGGGGUUGUUUCCUUCAAUGUGCUGGUGAGCCAGUUUACUCCAGAAUCCUUUCCUCUGACAGAUGGUCGGGCCUUCAUUGCCCCAUUUUGGGCAGAUGUUCACAAUGGAAUUCGAGGAGAGAUCUAUUACAGAGAGACCAUGGACCCUGUGAUCCUGAGACGAGCCACCAAAGACAUCAGGAAAUACUUCAAAGACAUGGCCACCUUCUCUGCCAUUUGGGUGUUCAUUGUGACAUGGGAGGAGGUCACGUUUUAUGGCGGUAGCAGCACCACACCUGUAAAUACCUUCCAGGCUGUGCUGAUCUCUGAUGGUGCAUCCACAUUUACCCUUUUCAAUUAUCAUGAAAUUAACUGGACCACUGGAACUGCAAGUGGAGGUGACCCCUUGACAGGUCUUGGUGGUGUGAUGGCCCAGGCAGGAUUUAACGGGGGGAACCUCACCAAUUUCUUCAGCCUCCCAGGUUCAAGAACCCCUGAUAUCGUGAACAUCCAAGAGACCACAAAUGUGAAUGUCCCAGGUCGCUGGGCCUUUAAAGUGGAUGGGAGGGAAAUUGACCCAGCAAAUGGUUGUACUUCCAGAGGGCAAUUCCUUCGACGAGGAGAGGUAUUCUGGGAUGACAUGAACUGUACUAUCAAAUGCCGCUGCCUGGACUUCAACAAUGAGAUUUUCUGCCAGGAUGCCUCCUGUAGCCCCUAUGAGGUGUGCGAGCCCAAGGGCAAAUUCUUCCACUGUAACCCACUGGAGAGCAGCACUUGUGUGGUAUUCGGAGAGCCUCACUACCAUACCUUCGAUGGCUUCCUCUUCCACUUCCAAGGAUCGUGCGCCUAUCUGCUGGCUCGACAGUGCCUGCAUGUGUCCAGCCUCCCCUUCUUCAGUGUGGAGGCCAAGAAUGAACACCGAGGGGGCUCAGCUGUCUCAUGGGUGAAGGAGCUCUCCGUGGAGGUUUAUGGCCACAAAAUUCUCAUCCCCAAAGGAAGCUAUGGACGAGUAAAGGUUAAUGACUUGGUGGCUUCUUUGCCUGUCAGCAUAGACUUGGGGGCUGUGAAAGUCUACCAGAGUGGCAUGUCAACUGCCGUUGAAACGGAUUUUGGGCUCUUAGUGACAUUUGAUGGCCAGCACUAUGCCUCCAUUUCCGUCCCAGGCUCCUACAUAAACUCUACCUGUGGGCUUUGUGGAAACUACAACAAAAAUCCACUUGAUGACUUUCUCCGCCCAGAUGGAAAGCCAGCCACAUCAGUCCUGGAUCUGGGAGAAAGCUGGCGUGUAUAUCACCCUGACUGGAAAUGUACCUCUGGCUGUGUAGACAACUGUACGCAGUGUGAUGCAGUCACAGAGGCCCUCUACUUUGGUACUGACUACUGCGGUUUCCUCAAUAAGUCAGAUGGUCCCCUCUGGGAGUGUGGGGCUAUUGUAGACCCUACAAUCUUCAUCCACAGCUGUGUAUAUGACCUGUGCAGCGUCCAGGAUAAUGGCACACUCCUCUGCCAAGCCAUCCAGGCUUAUGCCCUUGUGUGCCAAGCCCUUGGCAUUCCAAUCGGGGACUGGCGAAUCCAGACCGGUUGUGUGUCAACCGUGCAGUGCCCUAGCUUCAGUCAUUACUCUGUAUGUACUAGUAGUUGCCCAGACACGUGCUCUGACCUGACCGCCUCCCUUUCCUGCCUCACACCUUGCACGGAGGGCUGUGAAUGUAACGAAGGCUUCGUCCUCAGCACAAGCCAGUGCGUCCCCCUGCACAAGUGCGGCUGUGACUUUGAUGGUCACUACUAUACUAUGGGGGAGUUCUUCUGGGCCACGGCCAACUGCACAGUGCAGUGCUUGUGCGAGGAGGGCGGGGACGUCUACUGCUUUAAUAAGACCUGCCGUGAGGGGGAAGUCUGCUCCGUGGAAGAUGGCUACCAGGGCUGCUUCCCCAAGAGAGAGACUGUGUGCCUCGUGAGUCAAAACCAGGUGCUACACACCUUCGAUGGGGUUGCCUACGCCUUUCCAAUGGAGUUCUCCUAUACUCUCCUGAAGACGUGCCCCGAGAGACCUGAAUACCUGGAAAUCGACAUCAAUAAGAAGAAACCAGAUGCAGGUCCGUCAUGGUUAAGAGUCAUCCGGAUCCAGGUAGCAGAUCAGGAGAUCAAGAUUGGAGGAAUUGGUGCAUCUGAAAUCAGGUUGAAUGGUCAGGAAGUGGAAUUACCUUUUUUCCAUUCUUCGGGGAAGCUAGAAAUUUUUCGGAACAAGAACAGCACCACCGUCGAGUCCAAGGGCAUCGUCACUGUCCAGUACUCAGACGUGGGCAUGCUGCACAUCCGACUGUCCACCAUCUACUUCAACUGCACUGGGGGACUGUGUGGUUUCUACAAUGCAAAUGCCACUGAUGAGCUCUGCUUCCCCAAUGGCAAGUGCACAGACAAUGUUGCAGUGUUCCUGGAAAGCUGGACAACCUUCGAAGAGAUCUGCAAUGGAGAGUGUGGGGACUUGCUGAAGGCCUGUAACAACGACUCAGAACUGCUCAAAUUCUACCGGAGCCGUUCCCGGUGUGGCAUCAUCAAUGACCCUUCCAACAGCUCCUUCCUGGAAUGCCACGGGGUUGUUAAUGUCACCGCCUACUACCGAACCUGCCUCUUUCGCCUAUGCCAGAGUGGGGGCAAUGAAUCGGAGCUCUGUGACUCUGUAGCCCGCUACUCGAGUGCUUGUAAGAAUGCUGAUGUAGAGGUGGGCCCUUGGAGGACCUACGACUUCUGCCCUCUCGACUGCCCUGAGAACAGCCACUUUGAGGAGUGUAUGACAUGUACAGAGACCUGCGAGACCCUGGCCAUUGGCCCUGUUUGCGUGGACAGUUGUGCUGAGGGCUGCCAGUGUGAUGAGGGCUAUGCCCUAAGGGGCACCGAGUGCGUUCCCCGGAGCGAGUGUGGCUGUAACUUUGAGGGGCACCAGCUCUCCACAAAUGAGACAUUCUGGGUAGACUUGGACUGUCAAAUCUUCUGCUACUGUAAUGGGACAGACAACAGUGUCCACUGUGAGACCAUCCCCUGCAAAGAUGAUGAAUACUGCAUGGAGGAGAGUGGCCUCUACUACUGCCAGGCUCGCACGGAUGCCUCCUGCAUUGUUUCAGGGUAUGGCCACUACUUGACCUUUGAUGGCUACCCCUUUGACUUCCAGAGCAGCUGCCCACUCAUCUUGUGCACCACCAUAAGUAGACAGAGCACAGACCAGUUUCCCAAAUUCACAGUCACGGCCAAGAAUGAAGAUCGAGACCCGUCGCUGGCCUUGUGGGUAAAACAGGUGGACGUGGCUGUUUUUGGGUACAGUAUUGUAAUCCACCGGGCCUACAAGCAUACGGUACUGGUCAAUAAUGAGCGUUUGUAUCUACCCCUGAAGCUCAGUCAAGGAAAAAUUAACAUCUUUUCCUUUGGCUUCCAUGUGGUAGUGGAAACUGAUUUUGGGCUGAAGGUCGUAUAUGAUUGGAAAACUUUUCUAUCGGUCACUGUGCCCCGGAACAUGCAAAAUGGCACCUUUGGCCUAUGUGGCCGCUACAAUGGGAAUCCUGAUGAUGACCUAGAGAUGCCCAUGGGCCUAAUGGCCUCAAGUGUCAAUGAAUUUGGGCAGAGCUGGGUAAAGAGGGACACUUUUUGCCAGGUGGGUUGUGGGGACCGCUGCCCAUCCUGUGCCAAGGUGGAAGGCUUCUCCAAAGUUCAGCAGCUUUGCAGCCUGAUCCCCAACCAGAAUGCAGGCUUUGCCAAGUGCCACAGCAAAGUCAAUCCCAGUUUCUUCUACAAGAACUGCUUGUUUGAUUCCUGUAUUGAUGGAGGAGCUGUGCAGACGGCAUGCAGUUGGUUGCAGAACUAUGCUAGCACCUGCCAGACCCAAGGGAUUGCUGUCACCGGCUGGAGGAACUACACAUCAUGCUCUGUCACCUGCCCUCCAAACAGCCAUUAUGAGAGUUGUGUGAGUGUCUGUCAGCCCCGAUGUGCUGCUAUCCGCCUGAAAAGUGACUGUAAUCACUACUGCGUGGAGGGCUGUCAAUGCGAUGCUGGUUACGUCUUAAAUGGAAAGAGCUGCAUCCUGCCUCACAGCUGUGGCUGUUACUCAGAUGGCAAAUACUAUGAGCCCAAGCAGCUGUUCUGGAACAGUGACUGUACCCGCCGAUGCCGCUGCUUCCGGCGCAAUCUCAUACAAUGUGACCCCCGGCAGUGCAAGUCAGAUGAAGAAUGUGCCCUCCGGAAUGGAGUCCGAGGCUGCUUUAGCAUGAAGAGCUCCUACUGCAUUGCAGCAGGUGGCGGUGUCUUCCGCACCUUUGAUGGCGCCUUCCUCCGCUUCCCCGCCAACUGUGCCUUUGUCCUUUCUACCAUCUGUCAAAAAUUACCUGAUAUCUCAUUUCAGCUCAUCAUCAACUUUGACAAGUGGUCCUCCCCCAACCUCACCAUCAUUUCUCCAGUCUACUUCUACAUAAAUGAAGAACAGAUCCUCAUCAAUGACCGGAAUACCGUCAAGGUGAACGGGACCCAGGUGAAUGUGCCGUUUAUAACAGGAUUGGCAACCAAAAUUUACAGCAGUGAGGGCUUCCUGGUGAUUGACACUAGCCCAGACAUUCAGAUUUAUUAUAACGGUUUCAACGUCAUCAAAAUCAGCAUCAGUGAAAGGCUGCAGAACAAAGUCUGUGGCCUCUGUGGCAACUUCAAUGGGGACUUGACGGAUGACUACGUGACCCUGCGGGGAAAGCCAGUGGUGAGCAGCGUGGUGUUGGCCCAAAGCUGGAAAACCAAUGGUAUGCAGAAGAGUUGUAACGAGCUUCAGUACUCACAGUAUGCAUCUACCUGUGACAACGUGCACAUCCAGAAGAUGCAGGGAGAUGGCUACUGCCUGAAACUCACAGACAUGAAGGGAUUUUUCCAGCCCUGCUAUGGGCUGCUGGACCCCCUUCCCUUCUAUGAGUCCUGCUUCCUCGAUGGCUGUUACAACCACAAGAAGUUCCAGCUGUGCGGGUCCCUGGCUGCCUACGGAGAGGCCUGCCGCUCCUUCGGCAUCCUCAGCACCGAGUGGAUCGAGAAGGAGAAUUGCUCAGGAGUGGUUGAAGAUCCCUGUGUGGGGGCCGACUGUCCCAACCGUAGCUGUGAGCUGGAUAAUGGUGGAGAACUGUGUGGUUGCAUUGAACCUCCACCCUACGGAAACAACUCACAUGACAUUAUUGACGCUGAGGUAACCUGCAAGGCUGCUCAGAUGGAAGUCUCCAUAUCCAAGUGCAAACUCUUUCAGCUUGGCUUUGAGAGAGAGGGAGUGAGGAUCAAUGAUCGGCAUUGCUCAGGCAUUGAGGGGGAAGAUUUCAUCUCCUUUCAGAUCAACAACACCAAGGGGAACUGUGGCAACAUUGUGCAGUCAAAUGGUACCCAUAUCAUGUACAAAAACACAGUCUGGAUCGAGAGCGCCAAUAAUACUGGCAACAUCAUCACCAGGGAUCGCACAAUCAACGUGGAGUUCUCUUGCGCAUAUGAACUGGACAUCAAAAUCUCCUUAGAUUCAGUUGUCAGACCAAUGCUGAGUGUGAUUAACCUGACCGUCCCAACCCAAGAAGGCAGCUUCACCACCAAAAUGGCUCUAUACAAGAACGCCUCCUACAAGCAUCCCUACCGGCAGGGUGAGGUAGUGUUGACCACUCGGGAUGUGUUAUACGUGGGAGUCUUCGUGGUCGGGGCAGACUCCACACACCUGAUCCUGACACUGAACAAAUGUUACGCCACCCCUUCCAGGGACAGCAACGAUAAGCUCAGAUACUUCAUCAUUGAAGGAGGGUGUCAGAAUAUUAAAGAUAACACCAUCGGCAUUGAGGAGAACGGUGUGUCUCUCACCUGUCGCUUUCACGUCACGGUCUUCAAGUUCAUCGGGGAUUACGAUGAAGUUCACCUUCACUGUGCAGUGUCACUCUGCGAUUCAGAAAAAUAUUCCUGCAAAAUAAACUGCCCACAGAAUUCCAGGAUUGCCACAGAUUACACAAAAGAACCCAAAGAACAGAUCAUUUCAGUGGGACCUAUUAGGAGAAAAAGACUAGAUUGGUGCGAAGACAAUGGUGGCUGUGAACAGAUUUGUACAAGCAGAGUGGAUGGCCCUCUGUGCAGCUGUGUGACAGGGACCCUGCAAGAAGAUGGCAAGAGCUGCAGAGCCUCUAAUUCUUCCAUCGAACUCCAAGUUUGGAUCUCCCUCCUCAUCCUGACCCAGAUUUCACUAUGGCAUUUGGUGUAUAAAUCAGGCACAACCUCAUAA